UUCCCCGCAUCUCUGUGACUCGGCCAUCUCUCCGCAUCCGAGGUUGAUCAAGGACGACCUCACAUCAACUUUUGACAGCUUGACAAAACAACAACAUUCGUAAUCGUAGCAUUGACUUAGAUCAACUUGUCAAAUGUCACAGUCGCCACCAUUGACGGGCCUUCGGGUCCUUGAGUUUGCUGGCCUAGCUCCAGGACCGUUUGCAGGCCUUCUAUUAGCAGACUGGGGGGCUUCCGUCCUCCGCAUUGAUCGGGCUGUCCGAGGAGCUCACACCAAUAAUUCGCCACCACCCACCGCGGACCUACUAACCCGGCACAAAUCCUCCAUAACUGUCGACAUCAAAUCACCCUCCGGAGUCGCCCUCAUCCUCUCUCUAAUCCCAAACACAGAUGUCCUUAUCGACCCUUUCCGCCCCGGCGUCCUCGAGAAAGCAGGCCUCUCCCCGGAAAAAGUCUUGCUAAGAUUGAAUCCUAGGAUCAUAGUUGCACGGAUGACCGGAUUUCGUCGCGAUGGCAAAUAUGCUUCCAUGGCCGGUCAUGACGUUAACUACCUCUCCGUAUCUGGUGUACUAUCUCAACUUGGACGGGCGGGGCAGACACCAUAUCCACCUGCGAACCUUUUAGGAGAUUUUGGAGGUGGGGGAUUGGUUUGUUUUUUGGGGAUUGUGAUGGCAGUUUUGCAGCGCCAGAAGACGGGGAUGGGGCAGGUCGUCGAGGCGAACAUGGUUGAUGGGGCUGCUUAUUUGGGUGUUAUGCCGAGGUUGGGAAGGAAGACUCAGAUGUGGGGAGGUGAGAGGGGGGAGAAUUUGUUGGAUGGUGGGUGUCCUUAUUAUGAUACUUAUGAGUGUGAACGUGGAGGGUAUAUGGCCGUAGGAGCUUUGGAGCCGCAGUUUUUCGCUCAAUUGCUCAAGGGUCUUGACAUCGAAGCAGCCGAUCUACCUGGUCCCAGAGAAAACCGCACGACAUGGCCAGCUCUGCGACAACUCUUCACCACAAGAUUCAAGUCGAAGUCUCGAGCUGAGUGGGAGAAGAUCUUCGAUGACACAGAUGCAUGCUGCACUCCUGUGCUUACGCAAGACGAGCUGGAAAACAACGGAUACGACCAACGACCAAUCGUGACAUUGAAGGAUUCGCCCAGCAAAGCGAUCUCAGAAGCUGAGGCCGAUACACGACCUGCACAUGAAGGACAAGGUAUCGGCGUUGAGGGCAGUGGUUGGGAGAGUAAGGGACUAGCACCAGGUGUCGGUGGUGAGGAGGUGCUGGCCAGAUGGAUGGGCUGGAAGAGGGGAAGGCAGUACGAUCUGGUCGAUGGUGGGCUUGUGAGAUUGAAAGCCGGAUCAAAACUGUGAGAGAGUGCAAGAGGGGACAAGAAAUUGGUGCUGGGAAUAGUGGUUGAGAAAGCAAUGGAGAAAGUACUGAUCUCGUGGAAGGUGGGCUUAUGAGAUUGAAUGUCAGAGCGAAUUCGUAAGUGAGACAGCAUCACGAUGUGUGCUGAUUGGACCUUUCUCGAGACAGGUGUGUAGUCUCUGGUGCCACAGGACGCUGGAUUCUGAAUAUCAUGCCAUCUAUCGUGCUCCCCA